AUGACAAUAAACUCCCCCCGUCGCAAAACUAAAACCAAAACCAAAAGGAGAACCCCCGGUUCAUUUUCUCAUGGCCGCCCACCAACCGCCAGUAGCAAACCCGCUGCCUCCCUCUCUGCCAAGGCCACGCGAACCCUAAUCCGCUCCCACCACCAGUUGCAUAAAGCCCGCGCCCGCGCCCUCGCAGAGAAUAACGAGGCUCUUGUCCAGGACCUGGACAGGCAAAUUGCUUCCCUUGGUGGACUCGAGAGCUAUCAGCUGGCUAGCAAGAAGGGCCAGUCAAAGGAGCGCGGUGGGGAUUCGAGUAAAGUACUUGUGGAGUGGUUAACCCCCGUGUUGCGGACGCUGAAGAAGAGUGGUGACUCGAAAGAUAGGUGGAGUAAGUUACGGCUACUCGAAGUAGGCGCGCUGAGUACUGUGAACGCCUGCUCGUGCGUUGGGACGCUAGAUGUGACACGGAUCGAUCUGCAUUCGCGGGAGAAGGGGAUCCUGCAGCAAGAUUUCAUGCAACGACCGUUGCCCGUCUGCGAAAACGAGAAGUUUCAUAUCAUUAGCCUAUCGCUUGUGUUGAACUAUGUCUCAGAUCCAGCAGGGAGGGGGGAGAUGCUUAAGCGGACUACGACGUUUUUGGCGCCGUUUAUGGGAAUUGGUAAAGGGAUUGCAGCUGGAGAUGCAUCGUCGGUAUCCGGGGGAGAGACUGCGGGUGAGAUGCUAUUUCAUAAUAGCUCCUUUGCGCCUUGCCUAUUCCUUGUCUUGCCGGCGGCAUGUGUGCUGAAUUCACGCUACUUUACUGAAGAGCGCCUGCUGGCUAUCAUGUCAAGCCUGGGAUAUCAGAUGACGCAAAGGAAGUUGACGUCAAAGCUUAUAUUUUAUCUUUGGGAAUAUAGUCCCCGAGAUGAAGAAGGGAUGAAAGACGAAGUUAUGGUGUUCAGGAAAGAAAUGCUUAACCCAGGUCGGAACAGGAAUAAUUUUACUGUUACGCUCUGCUAA